AUGACUUCUUCAGAUAUUCAAAAAGAAAUUGUGACCGCAUGUAAGAUAGAAACUAUUAAGGCUAUAAUAGAGGAUCUAAAUGGUGACUACUUUGCUUUAUUAGUUGAUGAGUCUAUAGACGUGUCACGCAAAGAGCAAAUGGCUAUUGUUUUACGGUAUGUCGAUAAAAAAGGAAGUGUGAUGGAGAGGUUUAUUGGCAUUGUUCAUGUUCGGGAGACAAGUGCUUUAUCUCUAAAGAAAGUAAUUGUCGAUGUACUUGUUCAUCAUUCUUUAAGUUUAUCUUCUAUACAUGGACAAUGUUAUGAUGGGGCAAGCAAUAUGCAAGGCGAUAUUAAAGGUGAACUUGUAUUAUUGGUUUCAAAUAUUUUGAAUGUGUUGGGAGCUUUUUUUAAACGUGUGGAUGAAUUUCGAGAUUCUCAAAACGAAAAACUCCGAGAGGCAUUAGAUAUGGGUGAACUAAAAACAGGUAGAGGCUUGAAUCAAGAACUUGGUCUUGUUAGAGCCGGUGAUACUCGUUGGGAAUCUCACUACAAGUCAUUUAGAAAUUUUAUUCGUAUGUUUGGCUCUAUUGUUGAUGUUCUUGAUACUCUUGUUGAAGAUGCAGUUCUUGAUUGGCAACUUCAAGAACUUAAUGAUCGUUUUGACGAAGUGACGACUGAUUUGCUUCAUGGAGUUGCUUGUUUGAAUCCAAUCGACUCAUUUUCAAGUUUUGAUAUCAGAAAAAUAAUGAAGAUGGCUGAAUUGUAUCCUGAUGACUUUGAUGAAUUUCAGAUGAGUGCUCUUGAGAAUCAACUUGCGAGUUACAUUAUUGAUGUUCGUGAUUUUGAUGAAAGGUUCUCCAAUCUAAAUGGGCUUUCUGAUCUUUCAAAAAGAUUAGUUAAGACAAAGAAGCAUUCAGUUUAUCCUCUUGUAUUCCUCUUAGUGAAACUUGCGUUGCUUCUGCCUGUUGCAACUGCAACCAUUGAAAGAGCUUUCUCAGCAAUGAAGUUUAUCAAGAAUGACUUGCGGAAUCGAAUGGAUGAUGACUUUUUAAGCGGUUGCAUAGUGCCUUAUGUAGAAAGAGAAGUAUUUAGUAUUGUUUCUAAUGAGUCUAUUAUAAAAACAUUUCAAGAGAUGAAGUCUCGUCGAGUACAAUUGUAA